AUGGGCCUGACUGAGGAUUUCGACGACCGAAAAAUUCACCUUGAGGCUCAACAGGAGGAAUACCACCCCUUCGAGUACCACUCCGACAACAAUGACUCGUGGGCUGGGGCUCUCCCCCCAAAGCAGGGUCUCUAUGACCCCUCUUUGGAGAAGGAUGCCUGCGGUGGCAAGGCCAGCCACAAAAUUGUCAGCGAUGCGCGAAACCUCCUUUGCAACAUGACCCACCGUGGUGCUGUGGGAUCUGAUGCUCGUGAUGGUGACGGCGCUGGUGUCAUGACCUCUAUCCCUCACCGUUUUUUCAUCAAGAACUUUGAGAAGGAGGAGGAUAUCAAGUUACCUCCCCUGGGACAGUACGCUGUGGGUAACUUGUUUUUCAAGCCCGACGAGGAGACUCUGGAGGAAUCCAAAAGGCAACUGGAAGAUGUUGCUGAGUCGUUAGGCCUGAGAGUCCUGGGAUGGCGACGACCCCCCGUCGAUUCAAGCCUGCUUGGCCCUGCUGCCAAGUCGCGUGAACCCAUCAUUGCUCAGCCCUUUGUUGUGCUGACUUCUGCAUAUGGCGCCGGAAAUGCUCCCGAAGUUACCGACCCAGAGAAGUUCGAUGACCGCCACUUCGAACGCCAGCUUUACGUUCUUCGCAAGCGUGCUUCUCACACCAUUGGUCUUCAGAACUGGUUCUACAUUUGCUCUCUUUCAAACAAAAACAUCGUCUACAAGGGUCAACUUGCACCCGUCCAGGUGUACUCCUACUACCACGAUUUGGUGAAUGCAGACUACGAAGCCCAUUUCGCUCUUGUCCACUCCCGUUUCUCCACCAAUACGUUCCCUUCGUGGGACAGAGCGCAACCCCUUCGAUGGGCUGCUCACAACGGAGAGAUCAACACUCUGAGGGGCAACAAGAAUUGGAUGCGCGCUCGUGAGGGUGUCAUGAACUCGGAUGUUUUCGGCGAUGAGCUUGAGGCGCUUUAUCCCAUUGUCGAGGAUGGAGGCUCUGACUCCGCGGCUUUCGACAACGUUUUGGAGCUCCUGACCAUCAACGGUGUUCUCUCCUUGCCAGAAGCUGUCAUGCUCAUGGUUCCCGAGGCUUGGCAAGGAAACGAGCUCAUGGACCCCAAGAAGGCUGCUUUCUACGAGUGGGCUGCUUGCCAGAUGGAGCCUUGGGAUGGACCUGCGCUGUUCACCUUUGCUGACGGCCGUUACUGCGGUGCUAAUUUGGAUCGAAAUGGUCUCCGACCAUGCCGAUUCUACGUCAUGGAUGACGAUCGUAUUAUCUGUGCCUCCGAAGUUGGUACCAUCCCCGUUGAGCCUGAGAGGGUCAUUCAAAAGGGUCGUCUUCAGCCUGGCCGCAUGCUUCUGGUAGACACACAAGCUGGUCGUAUUAUCGAUGACAAGGAGCUCAAGGAAGCUGUCGCCCGCCGACAAGACUUCCGCACUUGGCUCGACCGUGAGCUACUCAGCAUGCCCAAGGUCCUCGAGGCUUUGGAAAAAACUUUUGACCUGGAGCCCAAGCUAGAUGACGUUCUUCUUCAGGAGGACACUCUUCUCCAUGCUUUUGGAUACACCCACGAACAGGUGAGCUUGCUACUCGCACCCAUGGCUGCCGAUGAGAAGGAAGCUUUGGGUUCCAUGGGUAAUGACGGUCCUCUGGCCUGUCUUACUCAAGCUCCAAGGCUCUUGUACGAUUACUUCCGACAGCUCUUUGCCCAGGUUACCAAUCCUCCUAUCGACCCUAUCAGAGAGUCGAUUGUUAUGUCCCUGGAGUGUUAUGUUGGUCCCCAAGGAAACUUGCUUGAGAUGGACGCAUCCCAGUGUGGUCGCCUCCAUAUCCCUAGCCCCGUCUUGUCGAUCCCUGAGUUUAACACUCUGAAGCACAUGUCCACCAAGUAUCCCGACUGGACUGUCAAGACCAUUGAUCUUACCUUCCCAAAGAACCAGGGUGUUCAGGGCUACCUGAAGCACCUUGAUGAGAUUUGUGAUGAGGCUACAGCUGCCAUUGAAGCCCGUGAUCGCAUUAUCGUUCUGUCGGACCGGAACACCUCCGCUGACCGUGUUGCUGUUUCGGCUGUCCUUGCCUCCGGAAUGGUCCAUCACCAUCUCGUUAGCAACAAGUGGCGAUCCUUGGCUGCUCUCGUGGUCGAGACUGCUGAAGCUCGUGAAGUCCAUCACAUGUGUGUACUCCUCGGAUACGGUGCUGAUGCCGUCAACCCCUACCUUGCCAUGGAGUGUAUUCUCAAGCUUAACCGUGAGGGGCUCAUUAAGAAGAAGCUCACCGAUGAUGCUCUUAUCCGUAACUACAAACACUCGUGUGACGGUGGUAUCCUCAAGGUCAUGAGUAAGAUGGGUAUCUCAACCCUCGCUUCGUACAAGGGUGCCCAGAUUUUCGAGGCCCUUGGUCUCGAUGAGACUGUCGUCGAGCGAUGCUUCAAGGGUACUGCAUCACGUAUCCAAGGUAUGACCUUUGAACUUAUCGCCGAAGAUGGUUUCCGUUUCCAUGAGCGUGGCUUCCCAUCCCGAUCCACAGUCGGAAUCAAGGCCCUCCCCGAGUCCGGCGAGUACCACUGGCGUGACGGAGGUGAGCCUCACGUCAACGACCCUACUUCCAUUGCGAAUAUCCAAGAUGCUGUCCGCAACAAAAACGACAAGUCGUAUGAAGCUUAUUCACGAUCUGAGUAUGAACAAAUCAAGUCUUGCACUCUCCGUGGAUUGCUGGACUUCAAGUUUGAAGAUUGCAAGCCCAUUCCCAUUGAUCAAGUCGAGCCAUGGACUGAGAUUGUCCGCCGAUUCUGCACGGGUGCCAUGUCCUACGGUUCCAUCUCGAUGGAAUCCCACUCCACUCUGGCUGUAGCUAUGAACAGAUUGGGAGGUAAAUCUAACACCGGUGAGGGUGGUGAGGAUCCCGAGCGAUCCCACCGCAUGGAUAACGGCGAUACCAUGCGAUCUGCCAUCAAGCAGAUUGCCUCUGGCCGCUUCGGUGUUACAUCCGCUUACCUGGCAGAUUCAGAUGAGCUUCAAAUCAAGAUGGCCCAGGGCGCAAAGCCCGGUGAGGGUGGUGAGCUUCCCGGCCACAAGGUGUCGAAGUCUAUUGCCCGCACUCGUCACUCGACUCCUGGUGUGGGUCUCAUCUCACCCCCACCCCAUCACGACAUUUACUCUAUUGAGGAUUUGAAGCAGCUCAUUUAUGACUUGAAGUGCUCGGGACCCCGUUCCCGCGUUUCAGUCAAGCUUGUGUCUGAGGUUGGUGUUGGUAUUGUGGCUUCUGGUGUCGCCAAGGCCAAGGCUGACCACAUCCUCAUCUCCGGCCACGACGGUGGUACCGGUGCCUCCCGCUGGACUGGUAUCAAGUAUGCCGGUCUUCCUUGGGAGCUGGGUCUUGCUGAGACCCAUCAGACCCUUGUUCUCAACGAUCUUCGUGGUCGUGUGGUUGUGCAGACUGAUGGUCAGCUGAAGACCGGUAGGGAUGUUGCCAUCGCCUGUCUGCUUGGAGCCGAAGAAUGGGGUUUCGCAACAACUCCAUUGAUUGCCAUGGGCUGUAUUUUCAUGAGGAAAUGCCAUCGCACGUAUCCCUGCUCCCCAUUGUUUUGUUGUAUGAACACCUGCCCAGUUGGUAUUGCGACCCAAGACCCUGAGUUGCGAAAGAAGUUCAACGGUACACCCGAGCACGUUAUUAACUUCUUCUACUACGUUGCAAACGAGCUUCGUGCUAUCAUGGCUCAGCUUGGUUUCCGCACUAUCAACGAAAUGGUUGGCCAUGUUGAGGUUCUCAAGGUUCGCGAUGACCUGCGCACCAACAAGACCCGGAACAUCGACCUCUCGCUUCUGCUUACUCCGGCCCACAAGCUCCGCCCAGGAGUUGCUACCUUCAAUGUUCGCAAGCAGGACCACAAGCUUUACGUCCGCCUGGACAACAAGCUGAUUUCUGAGGCCGAGUUGACCUUGGACAAGGGUCUGCCCUCUCGCAUUGAGUGUGACAUCGUCAACACCGAUCGAGCUAUGGGUACCUCCCUUUCCUACCAGAUCUCGAAGCGAUAUGGAGAAAAUGGCCUGCCUCUGGAUACCGUCCAUGUUAACAUCAAGGGUUCCGCUGGUCAGUCCUUCGGUGCUUUCCUGGCUCCUGGUGUUACCUUGGAGCUUGAGGGUGACGCCAACGACUACGUUGGUAAGGGUCUUUCAGGUGGUCGUCUGAUCAUCUACCCUCCUCGCUCUGCAGUCUUCAAGGCAGAGGAGAAUAUCCUCAUCGGUAACGUGUGCUUGUACGGUGCUACCACCGGUACUUGCUUCUUCCGUGGUGUUGCGGCCGAGCGUUUCGCAGUCCGAAACUCGGGUGCCACCGCGGUUGUUGAAGGUGUUGGUGACCACGGUUGUGAGUACAUGACUGGUGGUCGUGUUCUUAUUCUUGGAUCUACUGGUCGCAACUUCGCUGCUGGUAUGUCUGGUGGUAUUGCCUAUGUCUUGGAUGUUAACCAGGACUUCCACUCCAAGCUGAACACGGAAAUGGUUGAGGCUGGCCCGCUGGAGGACCCUACUGAGAUCGGCUUCGUGCGAGGUCUCAUUGAGGAUCACCAUCACUACACUGGAUCCGAGCUCGCUGCCCGAAUCCUUCUGGACUUCCACCGCGCCCUGUCUAGAUUCGUCAAGGUUCUUCCUGUGGACUACAAGCGUGUGUUGGCAGAAGAAGCUGCCAAGGCUCUUGAGGCCAGGCGGGCAGAGUACAAUCUGCCUAUUGUGUCUGGUCUGCAUGCCAAGAAGGAGGAGAAGGCUGCUAAGCUCCUGGAUCUCGAGGAGGCAGUUGGCGACAAUGCUGCUGAGAAGAAGAGGGCUCUGGUUCUUGACAAGACAAAGGGUUUCAUGAAGUACGCCCGCCGCACUGAGAAGUACCGCUCUGCCUCCACCAGAACCAAGGACUGGGCGGAAAUCAGCUCUCGCCUUAACGAGGAUGAGCUGAAGUACCAGUCUGCACGCUGCAUGGACUGCGGUGUUCCUUUCUGCCAAUCUGAGACUGGUUGCCCCAUCUCUAACAUUAUCCCCAAAUGGAACGAAUUGGUCUUCCAGAAUCAAUGGAAGGAUGCUCUUAACCGUCUUCUCAUGACCAACAACUUCCCUGAGUUCACUGGACGAGUGUGCCCGGCCCCUUGCGAGGGUGCCUGCGUUCUCGGCAUCAACGAAGAUCCUGUUGGUAUCAAGUCUAUUGAGUGCGCCAUUAUCGAUCGCGGUUUCGAGAUGGGUUGGAUGGUCCCCCGCCCCCCUCAAGUUCGCACGGGCAAGACCAUUGCUAUCAUUGGUUCCGGCCCCUCAGGAUUGGCUUGUGCUGAUCAGCUCAACCGAGCCGGUCACUUGGUGACCGUGUACGAGCGUGCUGAUCGCCUUGGUGGUCUGCUCAUGUACGGCAUCCCCAACAUGAAGUUGGACAAGCGCAUUGUCAAGCGCCGAACUGACUUCAUGGCUGCCGAGGGCAUCAAGUUUGUCACCGGUGUUGCUAUCGGCGAGGAGGGCAACCCCUCGCUUGCUGAUCUCCGAAGCAGCAACGAUGCCGUCGUUAUCGCUACCGGUGCCACUGUCGCUCGAGACUUGCCCAUCAAGGGCCGUGACUUGAAUGGCAUCCACUUCGCCAUGGAGUUCUUGCACAAGAACACCAAGUCCCUCUUGGACUCUGAGCUUGCCGACGAUGCCUACAUUUCUGCCAAGGACAAGCACGUCGUUGUUAUUGGAGGUGGUGAUACCGGAAACGACUGCAUUGGUACCUCUGUUCGUCAUGGUGCCAAGUCAGUGACCAACUUUGAGCUUCUCCCUCAGCCUCCACCUGAGCGUGGUCGUGAUAACCCUUGGCCCCAGUGGCCCCGCAUCUACCGUGUUGACUACGGUCACACCGAGGUCCGCCAGCACACUGGAAAGGAUCCUCGUGAGUACUGCAUCAUGUCCGAGGAGUUUGUUGAUGAUGGAAGCGGCAAUGUCAAGGGUAUCAGCACUAUCCGCGUCGAGUGGACUCGCUCCGCUACUGGAGGUUGGGACAUGAAGAAGGUCGAGGGAUCUCAGCAGUUCUUCCCCGCUGACCUCGUCUUCUUGUCCAUGGGUUUCCUUGGACCUGAGGCUCGCGUCCUUGGCGAUGAAAUCGAGAAGGAUGCUCGCAAGAACAUCAAGACUGCCCCCGGCAAGUAUUCGACAAACCUGCCUGGUGUGUUUGCCGCUGGUGACGCUCGUCGCGGACAAUCCCUGAUUGUUUGGGGUAUCAAUGAGGGUCGUCAAGCCGCCCGUGAAGUGGAUCUGUUCCUUGAGAAGUGCACAAGCCUACCUGUCACUGGAGGUAUUGUUAAGCGCACUGCCCAGGAACUCUUCACCCAGAUUGAUGUCCAGGCUUAA